UGGAGAUCUCUCCGCCUUGCGCAGACAACCGCCCGCGAGAGUCCGAAGGACCGUCACCGUCACCGAUGAAAUACUGGGAAUCAUCGCCCAGGAGAAAGAAGGAGGGGUUGCUGAUGCUGGCAGGAAAAUAACAGAGAUGAGUUCCCGACGACGACGGGUCCGGCAGCCCACAAGCAACAACGUCAUGUGCGAGUGUGGACGACCUGCGGUCGUGAGAAAAUCGCUCUCAGCCUCAAAUCCUGAUAGGAAGUUCUUCUGUUGUGCUAAACGGGGCUCGAGAAAGGAGGAGGAGGAGAAAGGCUGCGAUCUAUUUGAAUGGAAGGAUGUGCGAAUGGCAACUGAAAAGGAGAAACAGAGGGCGGAUGCUGUGGUGGCUAGUUUGAAGAUGGAGAAUGUGCGUUUGAAAGCAGAGAACUGUGCACUGAAGGAGGAUAACAACGAGCUUCGGGAAUCAGUUGCUCAACUGUUGCAGGGAAGCGGCGGAUCGGGAAACUGCAAAUGCCAUGAGCAGCAUUGUUGCUGCAGCGCUGCCAAAGUUGAAUGGGAUGGAGUAGAAGCGAGGCUGACUCUGCUUGAAUCAAUUCUGCUAGCCAAGGACUGAUGUUACGAAAACGCUAGCCAUUGACUUAUCGCUGUUAUCUAUCCAUGAUCUAUGAAUGUCUUUCUCCAAGUUGGCUCAGUUUUUUUUUUUUUUUGGUGAUUGAA